CUGCGGGCUAAGGCACGCUAACUAGAGCCGGCGUCAUGGACUUCGUCAUGAAGCAGGCCCUUGGAGGGGCCACCAAGGAUAUGGGGAAGAUGCUGGGGGGAGAGGAGGAGAAGGACCCAGACGCGCAGAAGAAGGAGGAGGAGCGACAGGAAGCACUGCGGCAGCAGGAGGAGGAGCGUAAGGCCAAGCAUGCGCGCAUGGAAGCUGAGCGUGAGAAGGUCCGGCAGCAGAUCCGAGACAAGUACGGGCUGAAGAAGAAGGAAGAGAAGGAGGCAGAGGAGAAGGCAGCCCUGGAGCAGCCCUGCGAGGGAAGCCUGACCCGGCCCAAGAAGGCUAUCCCUGCAGGCUGCGGGGAUGAGGAGGAGGAAGAGGAGGAGAGCAUCCUGGACACGGUGCUCAAAUACCUCCCCGGGCCACUGCAGGACAUGUUCAAGAAGUAA